AUGACCCACGACGUCGCCACUCCCAACUCCAAACAGCAGGCUCUCAACUCCACUCCUGUUGCUGUGACCAUUUCUCCCGUGUCCGCUUUCUUCCCCACUACCCAGAGCAUCACCCCUCAGCCUCAGGCCCCAAGCGUCGCCGAGCUGGCCUCCCGUAUGGCCGACCUGAUGUCGUCUGUGAGCACCAUGGGCGAUGAAGCGUUUGAAGCCGCUUACCGUUCUGCUUUCUACGAGCAGCCAGCCUCCAGCUCUACUACUCCCUGCACUCCCGGCGCUCUCGGAACUCCCACCACACCCACCACACCCACCACCCCGCCCACUCUUAGCGCCCCGGGAAGUCCCAAGCGUAAGCGAGACUCUGUCGACGAGGAGGGUCACAAGUGCUCCGCCCCAACCACCCACUCGUCCCCUUCUCCCACCCUUUCUUCCACCACCUGCGGUGCGAGUCUGGGGCGUUCAUGGUGCGGAGCGUCUUGCUGCAGUGCCAAACGACCUUGCAUCCAACGAUACAUCGCUCAGACAUGUGGCCGAUACGUCAAGCGACAGAUAAACCGUGUGCCCAGCACCGGCUGUACAUCCCCCACCAGGCGCCGGUCGCCCAAGCCCCGCCGUGUGCAUUCCUUGCCUUCCCUCUACUUCCCUCCGCCUUCACCCUCCCCUGUCCCUACUACCCCUGUGCCUGUGCAUGUCUCGCUCGGCGAUGACUGCGAGGACCCGGCCGACGCUUUCCUCGCUGCUUUUAUGAGCAAGAUGGGGAUUGCGAGUGCGGAAGAGCAGGAUGAGGAUAUGGUUGUGGAGAUUGAGUCUGGGAGCUCAGUGGGUAUGGUGAUGGCUUGA